AUGUCUUCGAGGAAGAAGGUCCUUCUCAAGGUUAUUAUCUUGGGCGACAGCGGUGUCGGCAAGACCAGUUUGAUGAACCAAUAUGUCAACAAGAAGUUCAGUGCCAGCUACAAGGCCACCAUCGGAGCCGAUUUCCUGACGCGGGAGGUUCUGGUGGACGACCGCCAAGUGACGAUGCAGCUCUGGGAUACGGCGGGACAAGAGAGGUUCCAGUCGCUGGGCGUCGCUUUCUACCGUGGUGCCGACUGCUGCGUUCUAGUAUACGAUGUCAACAACUCCAAGAGCUUCGAUGCGCUCGACAGCUGGAGAGACGAGUUCCUUAUCCAAGCAUCUCCGCGAGACCCGGAUAACUUCCCGUUCGUCGUGCUGGGUAACAAGAUCGAUAUGGAAGAGAGCAAGAGGGUGAUUUCGACCAAGAGGGCUAUGACCUUCUGUCAAUCCAAAGGCAACAUUCCGUAUUUCGAGACCAGUGCAAAGGAGGCCAUCAAUGUCGAGCAGGCCUUUGAGGUUAUCGCCAGAAACGCGCUCAUGCAGGAAGAAUCGGAGGAGUUCAGCGGAGACUUCCAGGAUCCCAUCAACAUCCACAUCGAGAACGACCGGGAUGGAUGCGCGUGCUGA